GGCUUAUCUACAAAUAGUCAAAAGCCAAUGUCUUAUCGAUUACUUAAUUUGUAUAUAUUGUGCAAUCUUAACAUUCCACUUAGACAAGCAAUCCCUCUUCCUUCUUUCCAAAAAUCUAUAUAUAUGGAAAUUAAUAUUAUACCCAAACAAGUCAAACAACUUAAAGAAAUUAUCCCUCAAUCACCAAUUGCAAAAACAACUACUGUUCCUCUAUUAUCAUUCUCUUUAAACUACUCUACAACUCAACAAGGAACUUCAUCUAGUUCAAAACAAAUCUCUCAAAUCUAA